AUGUCUUCGGAACAAACUGAGUAUAUUGCCGUCCACCUUUCACAGCGUCCUGAGACAACCAUUGUCCCCGGGGAAACAUUUGUCCUACGAAAGCAUGCAACCCCCACUGCAGCAGAUCUUGAAGAUGGCAAUGUUAUCUUGGAAAAUAUUUAUCUAAGUCUUGAUCCUGCGAUGCGUGGCUGGUUGGAAGAUAAACGUUCCUACAUCCCUCCAGUCGCAAUUGGCGAAAUUAUGCGUGGCCAUGCUUUGGGCCGUGUCACUGCCUCGCGAUCAGAGAAGUUCCCAGUUGGCUCCUAUGCUGCCGGGUUGGUAGGCUGGACUGAGCAGGCGAUUGUCAACGAACGCGAUCUGGAGGCCGUUCCCGCGCCUGAUCCUGCCCAGGGAGACCGAUUGACCGAUCAUAUGAGCGUACUUGGCCUCACAGGAACCACUGCAUACUGGGGCAUGAUCGAAGUUGGCCAUGUCAAGGCUGGUGACUUUGUAGUUGUCUCUGGAGCAGCAGGAGCAACGGGAUCGAUUGCCGGUCAGAUUGCAAAGAUCCAUGGUGCUACAGUGUAUGGAAUUGCAGGCUCGGACGAGAAAUGUCGCUGGUUGGUUGAUGAGCUCAAAUUUGAUGGGGCGUUAAACUAUAAGAGCCACGAUUUCGCCGAAAAAUUCAAGAGCUUGAUGCAAGGAAAGAUCGAUCUCUUUUACGACAAUGUAGGAGGAGAAGUUCUUGACUUGGCUCUUGUCUGUGCCAACAAAAACGCUCGAUUCGUCAUGUGUGGCGGUGUCAGUCAAUUCAAUGUACGUGAGGUUCAAGGGCCAAAGAACUACCAGAUGAUCUGGCGGAUGCGGAUUCGUAUGGAAGGUUUUAUUAUCUUUGAUCAUAUGGAGAAAAUUCCAGAGAUCAGACAAAAGCUCAGCCAGUGGCUUGCGGAAGGUCGGUUGCAACGGAGAGAAACCAUUGUGCGUGGGGGAUUAUCGCAAGCAGAAACCGCCUUGAUGCAACUGUACCAGGGAGUGAACACAGGGAAACUGCUUGUCGAGGUCAAGUCUUCUUGA